AUGUCGCCAAAUCCGUUCCUUUUAGCGGCGGAUAACAGCCCUCUUUUGCUUCCACUGCUUCGUGAAAAUCCAGCCCUGGCUUCCAAGCAAGAUGAGCACGGCUAUUCUCUCGUUCAUGCGGCAGCUAGUUACAACCAUGUCGACUUGCUACGUACACUGAUUUCUGAAUUUCACGUUGACGUCAAUCUUAAAGAUGAGGAUGACGAAACAGCCCUUUUUGUUGUCGAGACUCUCGAAGCGGCAAAGGUCUUGGCUGAAGAGCUGAGUAUCGAUGUGCACCAUAGAAGUGCGGAUGGCCUAACUGCUAGGGAAAAGAUUGAAUCUGAGGGUGAAUUUGCCGCAGUUUCGGUAUAUCUGGCGAGUCUCGAAACAACCCAAAUGGAAAGUAGGGGCACGGCCAUUGCUACUGACUCCAUAACAGAAGUCAUGGAACCUCCACCACAAGGAAUGACAUUCACCGUUGGUACAAUGGAUGCAGCUGAAGAAGUCCCUUCAGACGUCGACUCAGAAUUCCGCCGUCGCAUAGAGGAGCUGGCACAACGCGAUGACUUCAGUACACCGACUGGACAGGCCGACUUGCGGAAGCUGGUGGAGGAUGCCAUUUCAGAUCAACAACUAGGGGGUGAGCGAAGUGUAAAACGAAAGCAAACCGAGUAA